AUGGACAAGUACGUGGUUGAGCACUGUAUAGGUAUCUCUCCACCUUUUCUGGAAAGAUCGUGCACAAACUCGUUCACAAACACAACAAAGCAUGACUACAUCGGUGAUCGUGUGUGCUCGUCCAUUUAUUUAAUUCAAUUGAUUCCUUUGCACGCCAAUGUGGAAAGCUUUGAGAAUUUACAUAUCAGAGGGUAUCAAGAAAAUGUGCACAAGCGGUAUAAUAACAUAGAAAUGCAUCUGAAGAUGGAUGGCUUGAAGAUCUUAAACUUUAAAGAAACACGAAUUGUCACUUUUAAUUGCUACGAUACCACCGUUUUGUACAUUUUGUCGCAGAGUAAAGAGAUCAUUAGGCUGUUUCAUUGCAGUUUUAGUGGCUGUCAUACAACGAGAAAGGGCAAGCUUCUCUUGCACGAGAUAUGCCUGUUCGACAAAUUCUCGUUCUUCAAAAUUAUGAGUGAGCCGGUGUUUUCGAUCGACGUAAAGGUCAUAAAUAUAAAAACUAAGAGCAAAACAUGCAAUUUACAUUAUAAUUGGAACAAUGUCGAAGAGAAGAAAAAUUUGGAGACGUGUUAUAUCGAGCUGCUCGGUGAACGGUACUUGCUCGAUCAGAACAUGUGUAUAUUCUGCUUCAAAAGCUUUUCAUCGUUCAAUAAUCUAAGUGCGCAUGUUAACACGAUGCACAUUUACUACAAAUCAUCUAUAAAGAGAGAAGAUGAACAGAAUGUUCUCGUGAUCAAGAGGAUAAAUUUGCAGCACAAAGUAGGUAGCGCCUUCGCGUUCAGAAAUAAGCCAAAAACCACCCAUUCUGACGUACCUAAGAAGUCGUUUAUUUCCACAUUACAUAAAAACGCAGAAUUCGACAUCAGAAAUGACUACAAUGCUGAAGAAUUUCGGUAUUUUUUGACGAAACGGAUUGGAGAAAUCAUUGAUACGAAUGAAAGAAAGCUGAAUUUGAUGAAAAAGUGGAAUGAUUUUAUAAUAUACAAAAAAUCUGUGAGUGUGUUGCCCAAUGAGUAUGAUUUAGUUAGAGAGUUUUCAACUAUGCUGACCGACACCAACGAUAUCUUAGAAAUUUUAAUACUUUUUUACCAUAAAGGUGUUUUAGCCAAAAGUGAUGUAUUGAGAAUGGUUGACGAGCUAUCGUUAGCGAAAAAAUAACAGUUUACCUGCAGGAUAUAAUUGCUAUCGGAAUAAUAGAACGUUUACUGAUGCAAUUCUUCAUUCCUGUGAAACAUUUCAUCAAGCUAAUAACAACAAGUUUUACAAGCGAUUUGAUAAAGAAAUUUGAUUACUUUACGUGAGUAAAGCUUUAAAACAAUAUGUUAAGGUAUUGUUAUGUUCUCAUGCCAUUAAAAGAUGUAUUGCGUUAUGUAUCAUUCA